UCAUUUUUCCCACGCAAUAUUUCCAAUUCGCACACAUCACAUUAUUUUCAAUUUCAUAACCCUUGAUUUUGCGAUGGCCACGGAAGAACUCAAAGUCGAAACCGUUUCUCAAGUAACCGUACCCGAACCUCAAGACUCGGAGAAAAACGAACCAAAGACUCAAGCAGAGAAGACGAAGAAAGCCAAAGAAUCAAAGCCGAAGAAAGCUUCCAAACCACGAAGUCCUUCUUCUCAUCCUACCUACUCUGAGAUGAUUAAGGAUGCAAUAGUGUCGCUGAAGGAGAAGACUGGUUCAAGCCAAUACGCGAUUGCGAAAUUCAUUGAAGAGAAACACAAACAACUUCCUUCAAACUUCAAGAAACUAUUGCUCCAGAAUUUGAAGAAGAGCGUUGCUUCAGGAAAGCUUGCUAAGGUUAAAGGUUCAUUCAAGAUUUCACUCGCUACACCCAAACCUAAGACCAAUCCAACUGCAAAGGUGAAACCAUCGAAGGCUAAGUCUGCUGCAAUUCCAAAAGCUAAAGCAGUUGUUAAGCCGAAGAUUGCUUCGAAGGCCAAAGCUGUAACCGCCAAGCCUGAAGUUGUGGCUUCCAAGAAAAAAGCUGCUGUGAAACCGAAGCCAAAAGAGAGGCCUACAAAGGUUGCAAAGACGACUCCGGUGAAGAAAGUUGCGGUCGUGAAAAGCGUGAAGGCUAAGAGCAUUAAGUCUCCAACAAAAAAGGUUUCGGUGAAGGGAGGCGGAAGAAAAUGAUCGCCAGAGUUUUUCUAGUGUUUUGCAAUAUUCUUUUAAGUUUUUUUUUUUUCUUUCCCUACUAUAGUUAAAUGUAGUAGUGUAUGAAUAUAGAAAUAUUUUCUGCUGUUAGAUUUUUUUUUCUUUCUGUUUAUCAAACAUUUGGAUGAUUACUGCUGUAAAGUCUAUAAAUGAAAUAUAGAGAAUUUUACUUUCUAGAAAUUUU